AGCAUAUCCUCAGUGACUGAGAGAAAGAAACUCCCACUCGAUGCGAUGAGAGGCUGCAGGAGAGAUAAAAAAAAAACAUUCAAUAGAUAAAUCUUUAUGGGACUUUAGUUUGCAGAAAAGAGGGCUGUUGUAAGGAAGAGGACUCCCCACAGUAAAGCAGAAUCCCCACGCCUCCCACACUGCUUCCUCUGUACUGAUUGUCUUGUUUUCACACAUUCAUCUGAUCGCACUUCAGUCACUGGAGGACAGCAUGACUAGCGGAUACAAGGACGGGACACCUGAAGAGGAAUACACUCACUCACCGUUCAUCAGGAAACAGGGGAACAUUUACAAACCAAAUAAUAAAGAAAUGGAUAACGACAGCAUCAACGAAAAGACACUUCAGGAUGUCCACACCAAGGAGAUUGACCUGGUCAACCGGGACCCAAAGCAUUUAAAUGACAAUGUGGUGAAGGUGGACUUUGAGGACGUGAUCGCUGAGCCUCCCGGCACCUACAGCUUCGACGGCGUGUGGAAAGCGAGCUUCACCACCUUCACAGUAACAAAGUACUGGUGCUACAGGCUGAUGACGGCCCUAGUGGGCAUCCCGCUCGCCCUGCUAUGGGGCAUCUUCUUCGCCAUCCUCUCCUUCAUCCACAUCUGGGCGAUGGUGCCUUGCGUGAAGAGCUUCCUAAUCGUGAUCCACACUUUCAGUCGAAUCUACUCCAUCUGCGUGCACACCUUCUGCGACCCGCUGUUCGAAGCCAUAGGGAAGUGCUUCAGCAGUGUGCGGGUCACCACCACCAAGGUGGUGUAGGGACAGGGAGAAGGAAAAGGGCCAGAGGGAUAGGGUGGGAUGGGGGAAUGGAAACCAAUGUCCGAUGCAGGGAGAUAAAUCACAUGAUAAACCUCUAUAAUAAAGAGGGAGAGAUGGAGGGUUGCACUGUAUUUAGGUUGGCCCUUAAGUAAGACUCUCCUCUCCACCUCUUUUAUGAGCUUUGUCUCCUGUCAGCUUUGGAUUCCUUGGGGCGUAGGGGACGUGUGUUAAAAAAAUUAUAAUUUUUUGUCAUUUGUUAGAAUUUAUCAACGUAGGAAUACCGUUUCAGCCUGACUUUUGAAGGAACAGUUCAUGCAAAAAUGCAAAUUCUGUUAUUUACUUACCUUUAUGUCAUUCCACGUCAGUCAAGCUGCAUAAACGUGAUCCACAUGAUUUGAGUGCUAUUUUUCAAAUCAUAUGAUUUAUAUGAAAUAUAGAAUAUGAGUCAUAUUGACUACUUUUGUGGUCUUUUUUGGGGAUUUUUGUCCUUUUUGGUGCUUGAUGGUGGUCACUAGUGUUGGGGAAAGAUACUUUUAAAAGUAAUGCAUUACAAUAUUGCAUUAAUCCCCAAAAAAGUAACUGAUUGCGUUACUUGGUUACUUUUUAUGGAAAGUAAUGCGUUACGUUACUUUUGUGUUACUUUUUCUCAUCUGGGCUGGGCUGAUUGUUUUGAUUGUUUCACACCAAAAGGGAAAUGAAUAAGGAAAACAAAGUAACUUCAGUUACUUAUUUGAAAAAGUAACUCAGAUAUUUAUUGUAAAUUUAAAAGUAAUGCGUUACUUUACUUGUUACUUGAAAAAAGUAAUCUGAUUACAUAACUCGCAUUAUUUGUAAUGCGUUACCCCAACACUGGUGGUCACUAUCAUUAAAUAGAAUAUAAUUUAUAAAUAUAUAAAUAGAAAGAAAAUGUAUUUUUUAAGUUUCAGUCGCAUUAGCAAUUGCUCGGAUUCCUUUUGAAGUAACUGGAUUUCGACCAUGAAAAUUUGCUGAACAACAGAAAAUGUGACUGCAGUUUUAUCGUUAAAUAUUGCGCAGUUUGGAACGACAUUAGUUUGAUAAUGACAGAAUUUUCAUUUUUGGGUGAACUAUCCCUUUAAGAUUUGCCUGCUGGGACAAGGCUGUGAAUUUGUUGUGGGUUUUUUGUUUGUUUUUUUGUCCCCUAUCGUUCAUUGACUUUCACGUCCAAUUAGUCGGUCCAAAAUAGUUCCAUCUAAACAUUAUAUACAAGAUUCUAAUAUUUUUGCUAUGUUCAUUCUUCCAUUUGGGUACUAUCACCCUUUUUCGUCAUCAAUGGGGUUUAUGUAAUCCAAACGUUUUUUGGUUUGUUUUUGGGAGAGGGUUCGGGGGAACCGAACGAAUAUUCAAGAAAAAAGUAGGCGUGGCCCUGCUGAUGUUAAGACUGCCCGUCACACUGCAUGUUGCUACUAAAUAUGGUGGAUGGCCCGAACACGGGGCAAAAGAGGUGCCCUCACUGAACCCUUUGCCAACUCAGCAUAUACUAACAAAGAGACUGUUCCUGGCUCUGACAUGUAACGCUUCAAACCGGUCGUCAUGUCAACAGCUUUUUGAGUGGCAGAGAAUGUCUUUACAACUUCCAGAGAGACAUCAUGUGAAGCAAGCAACUAUAGGACAUAAAGCUAGCGAGGUCGUGAACUUUUUUAACACGAAAGCACAUUACCACAGCCUUAACAUUUACUUUAUUUGCAGUCUUUGAAGAUGAAGAAUUUGUUUUUUGCAUUUUAUUUUAUUUUUUUUAAUGUUGUUUCUGCAAUACGAAGUGACAUCAUUUGGUUUGGAAUUUUGUCCCGUAAACAAACCUGUCUGCUUCUCUGUUUAUUCACUGUCACAUUCACACACACACACACACACACAUUGGCAAAGACUGGCAGCAAACCAAAGUUUCCAGCAUCAGAGGCUGCUGCUAAAGUGGGGUUUAUAUAGUAUUUUGUACUGACAUUAUGCUCACUUCUGUCACCUUUUGUCUACCCGCUUUGACUCGGUCACCUCUUUGUCUACCUGCUGUCUUAGUAUCUAUUGCAAUGCAUUUGCUUCAAUGAGUCUGCCUCUGUAGAUGAGAUCGUAUUUUUAUAUGAAAACUGAAAUUCUCUUUCCUUGCUUUUACUGUAAAAUCACAUAAUGCUGUGCACAUUAAAGAAAAUUUAAUAUAAA